AUGCCCACGCUUGAAUCUGUAGCCAGCAUAGGCCUUCUUUUUUCCCUCUUCCUUGUGGGUCUGGAGCUUGAUCUCCACUCCAUUCGCUGGAGCGGUCGAAAAGCAUUCUGCAUCGUCCCCGUCGGGAUCUCUCUUCCUUUCAUAUGCGGCAUCGGCGUUGCCGUCAUCCUCCGCAAAAUUGUGGACGGCGCUGACAAAGCCAGGUUCCUGCAGUUCCUUGUCUUCAUGGGAGUCGCCCUUUCCAUCAUCGCAUUCCCUAUGCUCAUGCGCAUCAUAGCGGAGCUCAAGCUCCUCACCACGCGCAUGGGAGAGACCGCCAUGGCCGCGGUGGCGUUCAACGAUGUCGUCGCAUGGAUCCUACUCGCCCUCGCGGGAGAUGGCGGAGGACACAAGAUCCCCCUCGUGUUCGUCUGGGUUCUCCUCUCCGGCCUCGGGUUUGUCGUCUUCAUGAUUGUGGUUAUUCAACCCGUGAUGAAGGUUGUCUCUUGUAAGGGCGAAAACGACACCGUUGAUGAGAUUUAUGUCUGUUUAACAUUGGCGGGGGUGCUAGUGUACGAUUUCGUAACUGACCUUAUAGGGAUUCAUUCUAUAUUCGGGGCUUUUGAGUUCGGGUUAACGGUUCCAAAGAAUGGGAGCUUCGUGAGGAGGUUGAUGGAGAGGAUCGAGGAUUUUGUUUUGGGUUUGUUGCUACUGUUAUACUUUGCCUCUAGCAGGUUGAAGACUGAUGUAACUACUAUUCAUAGCGGUGCGGCGUGGGGGCUUCUUUGUCUGGUGAUAUUCACGGCGUGUGCUAGGAAGAUUCUAGGGACUUUCAUGGUGGCCAUGUUUUGCAUGAUCCCUGCCAGAGAAUCGCUCACGCUUGUUGUGCUCAUGAACACCAAAGGAAUGGUUGACAUUGACUUUGAGAAGGAGCCAAUUGGGACAGGGAAAGAUGGCAUGCACCAUCAGGCUAUUCAGUAA